AUGGAGACGUUCACCUAUCCUCACUUCGACCACCAUCAGUCUGUCGUUCAUGUCGCCCUCUUUCUCGACGUUUCAAAUGCAAAAGACUUGAGAACCCGCAUCGUCAAUGCUAGUACCCUUACUGAAGAUGCAGGCGAUGUAGAGCGCGAGACAGUCAACUUCGCCUUCAUUGACGCUCGUCUGAUCACUAGCCGCUUGCACCUACAGACAGCUAUCUACCAAGCACUUUUGUCUCAGUCUCAAGGUAUCUUACGCACAAAGACAGUGCACUCGGAAAUCAUCUGGGCCCUCAAUCCCAGCAACAAUAUCACAGAGGCUCUUCGAAGACAUGGUGUAUCUGACGGCAGCACAUCUCUCUUUGUCGUUCGCGUCGCGUCGCCCGAGCUACAAGAUGUUCAGAGCAAAAUGUUGGCAGUUGUGGACGGCGCGAUAUCGCCUUUGUCGAAACUAGCGUCUCUCACGGAUUGGUCGUCGAUCAGAAAGUAUUACAAGCUCAACAGCGAAUCUGCGGUCAAGGAGAUUCGAAGCGAUGCCAAUCAAGAGCAUGCUGUCGUAGAUAAGAUCGUAGUAAGUUCUGUGGCCAUGAAGAGUGUGAUGCAAUAGUUGGAGCUCGUGGGGUGUAUGUAUGCAGUGAAGAAGUACCGUCAUUUGUAACAUUUUAAUUAUUCGAAAUUUCCGUGGCAUGCGAAGUUG